GCUAUGUAGGUCUUUCUUUUUAAUGUGCGCUCCCUGCCUCUCUCUCCUCCAUCUCUCCCCCUCCUCCCUACUCUUUCUUUUCUUCCUUCCCACAACUCCCUCUCUCUUCCCUCCCCACCUGCCUCCCUCCUCCCUCUCCCUCUCCCUCUCCCUCGUUUCUCUGUUACUGUGCGGAUUUCAUCUGUGACCCAACAGCAGUAGCAGCAGCAGCAGCAGCAAGGAUGGGAGACUAGCAACAGAUGCUGAGCUCCAAGAUUUGUAUUCGUAGGCAACCUCCCUCCUUCCCUCCCCAUCUAAAGAUAAUACAAAAGAAAAAGGCAAGUCUUGGCAUUCGGAAGAGAGAGGAGAUGGCCAUCGCUAUUUAAACCAGAAAACGAAAACCGAAAGCCCAACCAAGAGGCCAGAGGGGGUCAUCGGAGCUGCCGCUGUUACUGGCUUAUUUCACUCUCCAACCAUGCCGGGGCCGGGGGCUGGCUGCGCGCUGGGUCCAGAGAAGGCUACCUUUCUCAAGAAGAGCGCAGAAAGCCCGACAGAAUGUGCAGCCCUGGAAGGAAUCCAGGACGGGGACAGGAGGAAGGGACCAGCCCGACAGGGUAUAGUCUGGAGGAAUGUCACCCUAAUGACCCUCCUUCACUUCGGGGCCCUGUAUUCCCUCACCCUCAUUCCUAAGGCCCAUCUGCUCACUCUGCUCUGGGCAUACCUCUGUUUCCUCCUGACAGCUCUGGGGGUGACGGCUGGUGCCCAUCGUUUGUGGAGCCACAGGUCCUAUAAAGCCAAGCUGCCUUUGAGGAUAUUCCUGGCUGCAGCCAACUCCAUGGCUUUCCAGAAUGACAUCUUUGAGUGGUCGCGUGACCAUCGGGUGCAUCACAAGUACUCAGAGACGGAUGCUGACCCCCACAAUGCACAGCGGGGCUUCUUCUUUUCUCAUAUUGGGUGGUUAUUUGUUCGGAAACACCGCGAAGUCAUCGAGAAAGGGAGAAAGCUAGAUCUCACUGACCUCCUUGCUGACCCAGUUGUCCGACUCCAAAGGAAGUACUACAAGACCACUGUGUUGCUCAUGUGCUUUGCUGUGCCCACAUUGGUACCCUGGUACGUCUGGGGAGAGAGUCUCUGGAAUUCUUACUUCCUGGCCUUCAUCCUCCGUUAUACCAUCUCCCUCAAUGUUACCUGGUUGGUCAACAGUGCUGCCCACAUGUAUGGCAAUCGGCCCUAUGACAAGCACAUCAGUCCCCGGGAAAACCCACUUGUCACUUUGGGUGCCAUUGGUGAAGGCUUCCAUAAUUACCAUCACACCUUCCCAUUUGACUAUUCUGCCAGUGAAUUUGGUUUAAAAUUCAACCCAACCACAUGGUUCAUUGACUUCAUGUCCUGGUUAGGGCUGGCCACUGAUCUUAAACGGGUUCCCAAGCAGAUGAUCCAAGCCCGUAAAGAGAGGACUGGAGAUGGCAGUGCUUGACUAUUUGACCUUUGUCCAAAAUAUAUGCUGUUUACUUAUUGGUUCUUUGCUUUGGCCAAUGUAGUCUUGAUGUUCAUUUUUUUUGUGGGGGGAAAUCUGUUGUAAUUUUGUUUUGGGGUUAUUCGUUUUAAGAAUCUGCUUGUCUAAUGUCUCAAAUCAAACUCUUAAUUGAAAUAUAAGAGGAAAAGUCAGCAAAGCUGUUAUUUAAUGUUAGUGUUCCAAGAUGUAGGAUAUGAAAUAGUCCUUGUAGUUUUAUGUCAAAUGUACAGUCAUAAGCUUAUACAUGGUCUUGACCCUGACUGGAUGAAGGAAUUGAUUAGUCUUUCAAAGUUAUGGUGAGCAUUAAAAAUUUUUUUUAGUAACUAAUCAAACAUGGCUUUUGAGAUAUACUAUAGCAAGAAUAUAGUGAGCAGAAUGAGAAAACCAAAAAAGGGGGUUUAAGGAUGCUUUUUAAGAAGGUUUAAGAAGGUUGGGACUGCUUUGUUUUCCUUUAAGGAAGAGAAAAGUUGGCUUAAAAUAAUAUAGAAGAGAAAAAGGAAAACAGCUCCUAUUUUUUUACCCCAUUCCUAAGCUUAUUAAUACUCCAGUUUCUUUGCUAAUAUCAUCUUUGUUUUCCACUCAGCAAAUUUUGUGUUUAAAGCUAUUUGCCUAGCUGGUCCUGUAAAUUGUGGCUCAUUUAAAUACUUCAUCUCUUCUCAUAGGGUUAUGGUCUAGAACUAUGAUUUUAUUUGUAUGGGGAACUCCCAGGUGUGGAAUUCCCUCUACCAAUGCAGGUUGGCACCUUCUUUGCAAUUUACAGUCUUAGAGAAUUACCCAGGGCACUCAGAGAAUAAGUGACUUGCCCAGAGUCACACAGCCAGGGUGUGACAAAGGCAAGAAUUGAACCCAGGUCUUCCUGGCUUGAAGGUUAGCUCUCUAUCUAGUCUGCCUUUUAUCUGUUCUCAUUGCCAAUGUCAUUUGUAAAGGAACCGAGUGCAAAUAUGCCUGGUGUCAAAUAAAGCUCUCAUUUAAUUGUUGACAGAUCUGGUUCAUAGUCUAAUCAAUCACAGUCACUGGUACAUGGGUACUAUAGCUAUUCUCUCAAAGUAAGCCUAUUAAUUUUCCACAUCAGGCAAUCAGAUCAUAAUUAACUGGCAUUUAUAUAGAAUUCAGUGUCUACUAAUGUUUAAGUGCAUGCAGCAUUCAUUAAGUUAGCAUCAAAAUAUAAAAUGAUGAUUACAUAAUGAGCUUCUGAAUUUUUAAAAAAUGUGUGUCAAGUUGCCUGGUAAGGAGCAUGUUGAAUUAAUGGAGCAUAGUGCCCUUUGUGUUACAUGUUAUUCAGCACAAGAGAAAAACCUUACGUUGUUGACAUCUGGAGCACUUGGAAGACAACUAUUUGUAGGAGAGAUGGAGAAUUGUAAAUUUUAAACAUUUUAAAGAAAUGAUUCAAAAAUGAAAUUGUCCUCCUAAUGUACUUGAUACAGAGGGUAUUUAACAGUGUUAAUUUGUCUGUUAAUGGUGUGUAAAUUUCAGAGUGAUUUACAAUAAAUUAUUAUGAAUCAG